GAACACCUGUGUUUGUAUUUAUCAUGUUCGUUGUACAGUAUUUAUUUUUAUUUAUUGAAAUUAAUUGACAGUGUUUAAAAGUUGAUGUUCGGACUUUCUACAAUUAAUGAAAAAUAUUAAAAUGAAUGAAAGCGAUUCAUAUGUAAAUAACAUCUUACAAGAUGUUGAUCAAAUUUCUACGGAUACAAUAUGUAUUGCGGCUAUGAAUUGCAAUCACGAAAAAUCUGAUAAUGUGGAAAAAGCAAGCGCAGUAUGGACAUACAGUGCUACUUUAAAACUUCUUAAAUUAUAUGAAAAUAAGUUGGAAAUGUUGGAAACACCCAAAAAGAAAACCAGAAUUUGGAAUGCCAUAUCUGAAAGUUUAAAAGAUUACAACAUUGAGAUGACUUCAGAUCAAGUAAGAUGGAAGAUAAAUGCGCUAACAAAGAAAUAUAAGCAAUGUGUUGAUACAGGCCAUCAUAUGAAAUUUAAAUAUUUUAAGGAAAUGGAUAAUAUUUAUGCACAAUAUAAUGUGGAUUGUGAUACAUUUACAAUUGGGGAUUUUAUACACAAAAAAAAAGAUGGUAAGCAACCAUACAUAAAAGAGUCAUCAAUAAAAAUCAAUGUAGAAAGUAAAGCAAUGAUUGAACUUAGAAAAAUACGACUGGCAAAUAGGAUUGAGUCUGAGAGGACCCAAAGUAAAAUUAAUUUGGAGAAGCAAUGGCUUGAAUACUUAAAACGACAGGAACACAAUAAGUUACUACAAGAUGCUUUAUUUGAACGGAACUUAAAGAUAAAAGAAGAAGAUUUGCAAUUACGUAGGCAAGAAAUAGAAAUGAAAGAAUCUAUAGAGAUAAGAAAGUUACAAUUAAAAGAACAAGAACAAGAUGGUUUGUUAUUAAUAGAAAGAGAAAAAUGUGAAAUGCUUAAACAAAUCUUUGCAGAUAGAAUUAUAUCAUAAAAUAUUAUUUCAUGAUUCCUAUGGGAAACCGUUUAUUAACUAUAUUAAAAAUAUUAUUAUUGUGUCAAUAAUAUUGAGUUUAUAAAAAGUAUAUUAGAAAA